AUGGCAGAGUUGUCGGAAACGACCGCGCGACCCGGGGAGACCGCGGCGUCUCCAGCAAAGCAAGCACCUCCAGAGAAAACCGAGUCCGAGUCGAAAAGCAACACAGGCAGCUCCACCAACAGCCCGCUACCGAAAACGAGAUGGCAGUGUUUGGCACCCAAGAGGGCUCUUGGAAAAUCAGAUGUGAUGAUUCGGCGGUUAGACCGGUUCAUCUCCACCGCAUCCGGCCAAGAACGGCUCCUCGCAAUGAUCCAAUAUAACUCGGAAAUCCUGUACUACCUCCUCCGCUCGCCACCACUCCGCUCCAUCAUCACGCGCUUGCGCUUGCGCUCCAUCCUCCUCCGCUCAUCAUCGCCAUCAUCACCACCAUCAUCAUCACCGUCACCACCACAACCAAAACAACCACGCCUCCUCGCCCUCUCCGCCCUGAUUUCCGAAACGCGCACAACGAUCCGCCUCCUUGGCCUCCUCUCGCUCUGGUCCUGGGGCUCGGAAACCCUGGCGGCACCGCCCGCGGACCCUGUGCUCCGCACGAUCGCGUACGCGCAGAUAGGCGCUAACGUGGUGUAUCAGGGGCUGGAGAACGUGGCACACCUGGCGGCGAAGGGGGUGGUGGGCCGGCGGGCGGUGGAGCGGUGGGGGUCUGUGGGCAGGUGGUAUGCGUGGAGCACACGGGCGUGGUUGGGGCAUAUGUUGUUAGAGUUUGUGAGGGUGUGGAGGGAGUAUGUGUUGGCGGGCCGGGAGGGGAGGGGGGAGAUGGGCAUAGGUAUGGGCAUGGGGGACAGAGAAGGGGGAGGGGAUGGAGGAAGUGAACUGGAACUGGAAUUGGAACGUCAGAGGGAACGGCAGAGGGAGAGGGAAAGGAGGUGGAAGAAGAGUCUUGUGAAUAGCCUGGCUUGGUUGCCUCUGUGUGUGCAUUGGAGCUUUGAGGAUGGGGUGGGAGUGCCGGACAGAAUGGUUGGGGCAUUGAGCAUGGCCGCCAGUGUGUGGGGGGUGUAUGACAUGUGGAACGCAACGGCUGGGAUGGUUUGA